AUGGCAGAGAAGGCAGUCAAUGCAGCGUCCAGUGGUGCCUUGACAGGUAAGCAGGGUAAAAAACUAACGGUCUAUUGUUUAUAAUAUCCAAUGUUUCUCUACUGUAUUUUUUUGCUACGACAAUCCUGCAUCGUCAAAUUGUGCAUUUCACUUCAUCAUCUAGCAUACGCUAUAGCCAAGCCUAGCAGAGGCAAUUUUUAUCAUUGGCUUUUAUGGCCAGUUGUCUAAAUAAAAAGAUGAAUAGCGUAGUUGUUAAAUCAUCAAGAUGCAGAAGGACAACACGCACCUUUGUUAAUUGCUAAAUUGAUUGGCUCAGGCACAGGCUACAUUACGCGUAUUUAUAUGGUUUGGUCUGUCUUAACCCGCAUAGCCUAGAUUUGGGUGUCCAAGGCUUGUUUUCUGUCGCUGGUACCAAAGUUAUUAUAGUAAACUAAAAUGGAAACUAAAACGAAAACCAAUCAUGAAAACUAUUUACUAAACUGAAAUAAAAUAAUUAAUAAACCCGUUAGAAAAACAAACUAUACUGAAAUUAUUGUCUUUAACUCCAAAACUAACAAAAAUAAAAACCAUCAUGAAAAUGUUUUGGUUUUAUUUUUAUUUAUUUUUUAUUUGGGGGGAGGGGGGUUCAAGCUACUGAAUCUGGCGGGUAAAUGCAGCCAGGAGAUGGCGAUGUUUCAAAAAGGAUUGGCUUGUGCGUCACUAUCACUACUCUGUAACUGAACUGUAAUUCAUACUGUAAUUUGGGGUAUUAUCAACAGUAAAAUACUGUUAAACGUUUUACUGCAGCAUACUGUAAAUUAUGGUUCAUUUUGGGAAGUAAUGGUGGACAGGGAAGUAAUUGCUGUAUUUCGAAUGGUGCCGUUAUUCCAUCCCAUUGAAUACAGUAGAAUACCUUAUUCUUGGAGUGCCGAAAACCUUUACAUUUUUAAACCAUACCAAUUUAACUGGUAUGUGGUAGUGGUGCCCCAACCAUUUAAAAUGUAUAGGGGACAGAUUGGAGUGGUACCAAGUCUUAAACCUUUAAUGGUUGAGCAUUUUGCCAUUCCGGUGCUGCCAGUUUGGAAGCCUUUGUUAAGACCUCUAGAAGUGUACGUGAUAUAAAACACAAAAUAUUCAUUGAUAUGUUGUAAUGUGUAAACACAUUACCUAUAGCAGCCAACCUGCCUGCACCAAUCCCAUGUAAAAUACUGUGAAAUACAAACCCCAUCUCCCCUCAAUGAAUGUUAUUAAUUCAUCCAUUCAUUUAUGCAUUCAUUAUGAUUACAGUAACAUUUACUUUUUUUACAGUAAAUUGUCUAGGUAGCUAAUUUGAUUCUUCUUACAUGUACUACUAAAGUUAAAAAGCAAUGGAUUUGUGUUAACAUGGAUGAGAGUUUCCCCCAUAUUUGUUGCACCUGUCUCGACGCUAUUCCUUUUAAAUCCAAGUCACAUUGAGAAUAACUUUAUAGUUUAAACCUAACCUAUGACCUGACCCAUCACCUUAUUUAUUGCUGAAGUAUUACUGCCCCACAGUUGCAAGAAGUGACAUCCCAAAAAACUAUACAACACAAAUGCUUUCUGUCUCUAGCACUAAAACUGAAGCUAAAUCAUAUAAAACGAAAUAUAAAUACUUGGAUCAAACUAAAACAAAUAAAAACGAGCAAAUCAGGUCUGAAACUAAACUGAAAAAUUAAACUAAAAAAUUGAAAAACGAAUAGAAAUAAAAACGAAUAUAAAAACACAAAACUAUAAUAACCUUGGUUGGUACAGGUGUGAUCAGAAAGGUGUAAUUUGUACUCAAAAAUCCGUAUAUAGCCUUGAAUUUAGGGGUGAUCAAAGGCAAAUAGCUGCAUCUGGGUUUUGAGGCCUUAUCGUUAUGGAGUGGACACAUAUUUAAAGAAUGACAUUAAACAUGGAUUCUCACCAGCACACAAGGUCACCGACCUUUCAUCAAUGGUUAAAGACAUGUGACAUGGCCAUUGAAAAGGUGUUAGUAACCUACCUAUACGCCCGGUCCUGGCAGACCCAGAUUAAGUCCAUAGCCUACUCUAAAACCAGGAAAUGGAGAGUCCCAAUCAAAAGUGCUUUUUAAUGAAUAGGCUUACUCUGGGUCUGGGAAAGGACCCCUCACUUCGUAGGCUAGUUCCUAGUUCCUAGUUUCCCAAGAAUAAGUUACAUUAACAUAUGCAGUGUAUAACCCAAUGUUGUGAUAUGAUGGGUCUCUCCUUGACUGGGAGCUGUAUUAGAUUUUGGUGAGUGAUGCAGAAGUAACAGGGCCAGAUUAUGGCUGCUGUUUUAAAUCUAGUCCAGAAUAAGUCAAUGGCCUGGCUUCCAUCUAUCCUGGACUUAUUUACCUUUCUUCUAUUUAUUUUCUUCUUCAUGUGUUUGCUUCUUUCUCCCGCCUAAGGAUUGACUCAGCCAUCAGUUGCAGAGAAGAGAUCCCAAAGCAACGGCCAUGGCUCCCCAGCCCGUGUGGUACUUUAUCCAGGGAGCCCAGCUGCGAAACACAGUAAGAUGCUCCAACUGAUGGCUCACCCACACUCUUAACGUUUUAACAGGAUUUUAUUGGGCGCUUAUCUGAAUUGGAAAGGUACUUCACAUAAUUACUUUCCAUAAUUACAACAAUCACAAUCUACCAUGGCGGAAUUGGGUUGAGUUGAAUGAUUUGAUACUUAUAUGUCAAGGGGAGUCAUUAUUGAGUCAUUUUUAUGAUUUGAAGGAUUACUAUAAGACACUAUUUUCCAAGAAGAUGGGUUUCAAGAUUCAUACAGGGACCACAACGAAAGCACAAUUAGAUGUUUUUUUAAAAGAAACUGGCCUAAAAUAAUAUUUUAGAGAGCCAUUUCUGGCAAAGGCAAGAUCUUUUUGCUUUAGUAAUUAUCAUACUAAGAACAACUGAUUCAAUUUUAAAUAGAUAUUUAGCCUUGGCACCUUAAAACAUAGCAUAUCCGCAUACACUGCUGCAGUCCGUCCUUGGAUUGCUUGCCAACUUGGCAGCAGUGCAUACAACCUUUUACAUUAUCUACUGCCCUGGCUGCGACCAUUUUACCCUCUAAAUAUUACUCUCACUGAACAAAGAGCAUGGCACUGUCUCCCUCUUCAGUCUCAAAGUAAUACUGCAGUUCAGUGCUAUGUACAGCACUGCCUUCCUCUGCUGACAAACUGUGGGGACUGUUGUAUCUCCUAUAUCAGAUGAGGUGCUGAGCCCACCCUCGGUCACAGAGAAGAGGCCCCAGCUCAAUGGGCUCCCCUCCCCUUUACUUCUGCCAGGCAACAACACUAACAAUCAUGCAGGUAAACAGUGUAAGUUCCACCCCCACUGUGGUUGUUAGCUCCCCUACACAUCCCUCCCUCACUGGGUCCUCUCUAUAAACACAUCCCUCCCUCACUGGGUCCUCUCUAUAAACACAUCCCUCCCUCACUGGGUCCUCUCUAUAAACACAUCCUCCCUCACUGGGUCCUCUCUAUAAACCAACCUCUACCUUCACGGGUCCUCUCUAUAAACACAUCCCUCCCCCACUGGGUCCUCUCUAUAAACACAUCCCUCCCUCACUUGGGUCCUCUCUAUAAACACAAUCCCUCCCUCACUGGGGUUCCUCUCUAUAAACACACCUUUCCCUCACUGGUUCCUCUCUAUAAACAAUCCCUCCUCACUGGGUCUUCUCUAUAAACACAUCUUCCCCACUGGGUCCCUCUCUAUAAACACAUCUCUCCUCACUGGGUCCUCUCUAUAAACACAUCCCUCCCUCACUGGGUCCUCUCUAUAAACACAUCCCUCCCUCACGGGUCCUCUCUAUAAACACAUCCCCUCCCUCACUGGGUCCUCUCUAUAAACACAUCCCUCCCUCACUGGGUCCUCUCUAUAAACACAUCCCUCCCUCACUGGGUCCUCUCUAUAAACACAUCCCUCCCUCACUGGGUCCUCUCUAUAAACACAUCCCUCCCUCACUGGGUCCUCUCUAUAAACACAUCCCUCCCUCACUGGGUCCUCUCUAUAAACACAUCCCUCCCUCACUGGGUCCUCUUUAUAAACACAUCCCUCCCUCACUGGGUCCUCUCUAUAAACACAUCUCUCCCUCACUGGGUCCUCUCUAUAAACACAUCUCUCCCUCACUGGGUCCUCUCUAUAAACACAUCUCUCCCUCACUGGGUCCUCUCUAUAAACACAUCCCUCCCUCACUGGGUCCUCUCUAUAAACACAUCCCUCCCUCACUGGGUCCUCUCUAUAAACACAUCUCUCCCUCACUGGGUCCUCUCUAUAAACACAUCCCUCCCUCACUGGGUCCUCUCUAUAAACACAUCUCUCCCUCACUGGGUCCUCUCUAUAAACACAUCCCUCCCUCACUGGGUCCUCUCUAUAAACACAUCUCUCCCUCACUGGGUCCUCUCUAUAAACACAUCUCUCCCUCACUAUCUCUCCUUGCUCUGUUUCUGUCUAGCUUGUCUGUUUCUGUGUUGAUCCCUUUUUCUUCAUAUCCCUCAGAUGUGGAAGGGUAUCUGAGGACAGACGACAGGAUGCGUUUAGCCAAAGAGAGACGUGAGGAGAGAGAUAAAGGUCUAGGUAAGUGAUGUUCCUGACAUUUGCUUUCAAGUAUUGAGACUGAUGGAAAUCAUUUCUUAUUGAAGCCAGUAUUUGUAUUGUAGCAGGUUAGCAAAAUUGCUCUAUACUUUUGCCAUAUAGAACCGGCAGCCAGUAAAUGUGCAGUUCAAGGAAGCAAAGCUCUGGAAUUGUUGUGGGUUGUUAUAAUGGUAUUGAAGAGGGUAGUAAUCUGAGUGUGUUGGUUGGUGUUUCCAGCGGUGCGAGAGCAGGCGAUCAGGGAGAAGGAGCGGCGGGCUCUGCUGCAGUAUGAGCGUACGGUGGAGGAGCGCUGGAGGAAGCUGGAGGAGCAGAGACAGAAAGAGGAGCUCCGCAGAGCUGCUGUGGAGGAAAAGAGGAGGCAGAGGCUGGAGGAGGAGAAGGUCAGACUUACCACUAAGCCACUACAUCAGGGAUCAUCAUUUGCAGAGUUGCAAAGAAAAAGCCAUAUCUCCGACUGCCCAUCUUAAUCUUUUCUUUUUAUUAGCCAGUCUGAGAUAUGGCUUUUUCUUUGCAACUCUGCCUAGAAGGUCAGCAUCCCGAAGUCGCCUCUUCACUGUUGACGUUGAGACUGGUGUUUUGCGGGUACUAUUUAAUGAAGCUGCCAGUUGAGGACCUGUGAGGUGUCUGUUUCUCAAACUAGACACUCUAAUGUAUUUGUCCUCUUGCUCAGUUGUGCACCGGUGCCUCCCACCCCUCUUUCUAUUCUGGUUAGAGCCAGUUUGCGCUGUUCUGGGAAGGGAGUAGUACACAGCGUUGUACGAGAUCUUCAGUUUCUUGGCAAUUUCUCGCAUGGAAUAGCCUUAAUUUCUCAGAACAAGAAUAGACUGAUUUCAGAAGAAAGUUAUUUGUUUCUGGCCAUUUUAAGCCUGUAAUUGAACCCACAAUUGCUGAUGCUCCAGAUACUCAACUAGUCUCAAGAAGGCCAGUUUUAUUGCUUCUUUAAUCAGCAAAACAGUUUUCAGCUGUGCUAACAUAAUUGCAAAAGGGUUUUCUAAUGAUCAAUUAGCCUUUUAAAAUGAUAAACUUGGAUUAGCAAACACAACUUGCCAUUGGAACACAGGACUGAUGGUUGCUGAUAAUGGGCCUCUGUAUGCCUAUGUAGAUAUUCCAUUAAAAAUCAGCCGUUUCUAGCUACAAUAGCCAUUUAUAACAUUAACAAUGUCUACACUGUAUUUCUGAUCAAUUUGAUGUAAUUUUAAUGGACAAAACAAUUGCUUUUCUUUCAAAAAAAUGGAAAUUUCUAAGUGACCCCAAACUUUUGAACGUUAGUGUGUGUAUAUAUAUAUAUUUUAUUUCCUCAGAAAACUUGGGGGGCCAAAUAAGACCACCCGUGGGCCAAAUUCGGCCCGCGGGCCGCCAGUUGGGGAACCCUGCACUACAUCUUCCAGUGCAUGAUGUAGUCACCCUCUGUCCUCACACUCAGACAGCUCUUUCACCUCCAGUUCAGUUUCAGUAAAAAGUUUGUAUGUUUAUUGUAUCGUUUGGAUGCACCGUUUUUGAUUGUAUGUGAAUGUAUGUGUGGGAAAGUACAGCAACAGUCACAACAGCCCCUUCUAAAAGAUAAGCAGGGACAUAUGCUCUUUAAUUUACUCAAAUCCUGUGGUUAAUUAAUUACAGUAUGCCCCAUACUUAACGUUGUCUCCCAAUCAGAUAUUAUAUAGGAUUUUCACCCCCACCCUCCCCUUCUAGAGAAGUCCUUCCCACCCUGCACACCAGUCAACACUGGCUUCUGGGAAUGCUGGUGUCAUUGGUGUUGAUCUAUAUGUAAAUCUCAGGGACCUCAGACUAAUCAAUGAAUAUCUCUGCCAUUCCAUUUGUUUAAUCUGAUCCUUAUCCUGCUUUGUCAUUGCCCUCCAUUUCUCGAUGGGUCCCAAAAUAUCUGCUCAGCACAAAGUUAUCCACAGAUCUGUCUUUUUAAACCAUGUCACACACUGCCACUUUCUAAGGCCAUUUAUUGUCAUAGAGGGGUAGCUAACAUUGAUCUCACCGUUUAAUCUUUAAAGAGAGACUUAAGUUGGUCUAAAAAGGUGACGUGAAAUAACAUGAUUUAUAAUUUUUUGUGUGCUCUCAUAAGAUUAUGCAUAAUGAGAAUUUUUGGAUGACACAGCAUUUGCCUUGGCCAUCAAUCUCAACCAGAUUGAUUAUCUAUGCGCGUGUGUGUUCCCAUUAGAUGGAUUAUAUCCUCUGGAUGAUGUCAUUUUAGAUCAGUAGAAAUGCAGGAGGAGCCUAUGGCAUGUGGCUAAUGUCAUAUUAGCUUUUCUGUGGUACUCAUUUAAGAUUUGUUUUCACUUCUUCACCCGUUCUUGGUUCUGUGCAGUGUCAUUCUGAUUAAUACAUUUGUUACUGUGCUGGCUUCAUCUGUGUGUGUAGUUCCAUUUGCCGAUACAUGUCCAUGUCUGUGUUUGAUAGGAAGAAAUGAACAUGGAAAAAAAGGAAAGGGGGAUACCUAGUCAGUUGUACAACUGAAUGCAUUCAACCAAAAUCUGUCUUCCGCAUUUAACCCAACCCCUCUGAAUCAGAGAGUUGCCGGGGGGCUGCCCUAAUCGACAUCCACGUCAUCGGCGGGUUAACUGCCUUGCUCAGGGGCAGAACAACAGAUUUUUACCUUGUUAGCUCGGUAGAGCAGGGAUAUAGAUGGGAGGAAAAGAUGGAGCACAUUUAAAUGGAGAGAUGUUGGCAAUGGUUGAUCACCCACUAGAUGGCUUUGUCUCCUGCUCUGUUGGGCUGUGAACCAUGGCAACACUGUGGGUGGGGAAGGGUUAACUAGCUUGGAGGAAAGAUUAUUUACUGGGGGAAGUCUGAGUAGAACAGGCAGCCAGAAAAAGAAAAGGGGGAGGGGGAAAAUCAGAUAAAGAAAGGGGGAGCUGUUCUCCAACCUGUGUCAAUACUGUUGCUUGCUACGAGAAUGAAUGUGUGAGAGUGUCUCUUUGUCUGCAUGUGUGUGUGAUUGGAGGGGUGGAGUCCCAAGCAGCUGUGGUCUUUAUCAGCCUGCUCUGGUAAGACUGUGCUGUGUUAGAGUAGAGGUUGUGGUUAUGGAGCGACUAGCCUGGUCCUUGUGGGGCCAGGGGAGCAGCUCCGUGACAGAGUCCCUUGUCUUCCCGGUCCUGGAACGGCACAACCAGGAGCGGCUGGAGGCUCUGAUGAAACGCUCCCUGGAACGCAGCCUGCAGCUGGAGCAGAGGCCCAAACGCUGGACAUGGGGCGGACCUGGAGGAGCACAGGGUGAGUCCACAACGGGGAGCUGGAGAUGAGGGUGCAAUGAGGUGUGAAUGAUGGAGUGACUGGAAGGAGGAAUGGUGAGAGGCAUGAAUGGCGAGAGGGACAGCAAUGCAUGUUCUAGGCUAAUUCAAUUUGGCAUGUCCCUUCUGGCUUCUAAAGUGAUAGGAUACAAAUUUGGUGUUGCUCUCUGUCAGUUAUACAAUCACACAAGCGGUCCAUCAGAUAUACUAACACAUGAUAGGUCUUUUUUUGGAAGCUGCUGCUAGCUGAUUACUCCUCUACCCUUCUAAUCUAGACUCAAGGUCAGACAGCAAUGUCUCUGUGUCAGCCUAUCCCAGACCUGUCGUGAACCAUGGAAAUAGUCAUCAGUCCAGUCAACCCUGAGGGGAGCAAACCAGACAGUUUUAAAAUUGACAACAUACUGGUUGCUGCUUCAGGGCAUUAUUGAUGGCUCCUAUCCUGGGGCACUGGCAGUUUGGUGCGUUUGAAGGAUUAUGAUGGAGGUGGGGGAUGGAGGACUGAGAUACAGAAACAUGUUCAAAACCUAGAUGCUGAUUUUUAUACAGUUUUCUGACUAUGUUUAUGGCUUAUGUACUGUAUGUGUGAUUUGGAUUGGGGCAUAGAGGGAUAUAUGGAAGACAAAGGUGCGUAUGUGAGAGAGCCUUUCUCCCUGGCCUGCUCAUUGCCUCCAGCCUUGCUGCAUGGGUUUACCUCCCCAGUUGUCGUCAGGAGCGCCCUGCUGGCUGCAGAGGUGUAUCAGGGGGUCAUCAGGUAAAGCCAUGAGUGGCAGCUCUGGUCAUAACGCUGCGCUCUCUCUGCUCUGCUCUGCUCCGCCCGCUACCUAUAGGUGACAGUGAGAAUGCCCCUCUCCUUGCCUCCGCCUUUCCCCAUGAACUCGCCGCCCCCCUUCCUGCUGCCAGCGAAUCCGGUAAUGUUAUGAACCCCUCCCGUUCGGUCCACCAAUCCCCUUCCCCCUCCUCCUUCUGUCCACCCCACAGUGACCACUGCUCUCAUGGCAGUUUGGCUUGAGGGGAAAUGUCAUGCCAACUCAAAAAGUUUUAUGUAUAUUUCCCAGAAUGCAUGUGCAACAGCUGAAUCAGAAAAAAGUGUGCGAAAGCAUGAGGAUGUGUGUGAAAAGUCAAUGUGUACCUCGUACAAGUACUACUGUACAAAGUGCACAUUGAUGUUGUAUAAUUGCUGCUUUUUAUACAUUUUUUUUUUUUUACAUCUGUAUGUGUACUGCAUGUGUGAGGGUAUGUGUGUGUGCUCAGCUUGGGUAUUGUGAUGUCUUUUUUGGUACUGGCAAGUCGAUCCAGGUUCAAGCAAAAGAGCGAGCAUUAGGAUGACAAUAGAGAUGAUUUUGGGAUACAGAGUGAAGAAGAUAUCCAUUAGGAAAUGACAGGCACUAGGGAAUUGACAGUACACAAAGAACCAAGUAACAGGGGACAUGUACACCACUUCACCUUUUCAUUGUUUGAAACCUCCUCUCCCUCCUUGUUGAAGGCAUAUUUCACUCAGUCACAACACACUGGUUAAGGUUUGACAUUCUCAGUGCUUUUAUGCAUCUUACCGAUCUCUAUAUCACCCAUCCAAAUACUCAGUGUUAUUUUUUAUUUCAGAGAGCCCGUCCCAUCCCAAUGAGUAUAUGGAAAACAUAACCCAAUAAUAAUGAAGUGAUGAGCAGUAUUUGCCAUUCAACAUGCACAGGAACAGGUAGUCCUCCAAUUUGAUAAAGUACUACUACUCCUUCUACUAGUAUCACCACUAGUACUAAUACUCCUUCUACUAUCACCACUAGUACUACUACUCCCUCUACUAGUAUCACCACUAGUACUAAUACUCCUUCUACUAGUAUCACCACUAGUACUAAUACUCCUUCUACUAGUAUCACCACUAGUACUACUACUCCUUCUACUAGUAUCACCACUAGUACUACUACUCCUUCUACUAGUAUCACCACUAGUACUACUACUCCUUCUACUAGUAUCACCACUAGUACUACUACUCCUUCUACUAGUAUCACCUAGUACUACUACUCCUUCUACUAGUAUCACCACUAGUACUACUACUACUCCUAUCACUGUUACUACUUCUACCCUAAACACUACGACUUCUUCAUCUGCUGCUCACCACCACCACUGCUAAUAGCUACCCUUGUUAGUGUCAAAAUUGUCAUUGUCAUCACAAAUGACAAUCAGGCAUUUUUGGCAGACCCAUCCUACAUCCUUUCCAUUCUCCGGUUGUACUCACUAGUCUAGAACUAGCAUUCUUAGCCCGCUCCUCCUCCCCUCCUUGUGAUUCUUGCACCUUCAUUUCUCCGUCUCAUGUCCCUCAUGGUCAUACGUUGUGUUUUGUUUGUCAUCCUCAUCUCCCUCCCAACACCUCCAUUGACCCCUGACCCCUCCAUCAGCCCAGCGCUGUCACCUGAUGGCCCACCGCCUCCUUACCCACACUCACUCCUCUAUGGCCAGGUGCCACAGUGCAGCAGACCUCCAUCUACCCUGCCACCGAUGCACAGGUAACACCUAGACAAUACAUCUGGACUGACAAUUUUUUUGCACAUAGGCAGUAAAUAUUUACAGACUGGUAAUACCCCAUAUAAAUUGUGCACAUUGGUGAUGCAGAGACUAGGGAAUGUAUGACAGCGUUUGCAGUUCUGCAGAUAGACACUUGUUUAUCCACUUUAUUUAUGUCUAGGUCUGGCUUUUCUGAACGUGUGUGUCUGAGGGUGUAGAUGUGUUCAAAUGUGUGUGACUCCUGGUGGGACUGCUGUCUACAAGGUUUGUGUGUGUAUGUUUUGGUGUGACAAGGAGAAGAAAUACCUACAUGCUAAGAUUCUUGCAAAAGUGUUGCUUAGUUGGGCAUGCCUUAUAUAAUAUGCAGUGAUGUAAUGGUAAAGAAAUAGGCGGAUAAACGCAGAUCGCCGUCCGCAAGGAGUAAAGUAACGCUCCCUAUACUUUCAAUGCAUUUAUCCGGUGGGUAAAUGCUUGAGUAAAAUAAAAAAGGUAAAUAAACGGCCUUUACGUGCGAGUACACGCCACUACACCACUGAUAAUAUGGCAGAAGAAAUGUUGCUUCAGCAUAAACUUUUUGGCCAUCCAAAGCGUGUGUGGAUGUUUUUCUUUUCCACAUGCUAUUUUAUUUAGUAUUUACUUUGGGUAAUUGUGCGCAUGCCACACAUCACUCUAACUUGCCACAGAUAACCAUGUGAAAAGACAAAAUAGUUUGUAUGAUUGAUUUAAACAAUUGAUAGUAUUGUUAACGUCUUCCAUAAUAUACUGUGGGUAUUGAUCUAAAAAGACGGAAUUACCCCUUUGUAUCUCCUUUGACUACAAUACAUUUUCACUUGAUUAUUAUUUUGACCUCUGACCUCUGAUGUAUUUCGUUGUGCAGCUCCCUGCAGCCCCCACAGGGCACCCUAUCGGGGCUCGCCAAGCCGGGCUGAUCGACGGAGGCUCCAGGGCUCUGCAGAGGAGUCAGCAGGAGGGUCUCGCUCCACCCCUCAAACCCCCAAGGUCAGACUUGUCUUACCUACCCACUUGGUUAUUGAAUAGAGAGAAACCAUUACAGAACCCUGCUAGCAGUUGGUAGAGACAUGUUGGCAUGAUAACAUACGGAAACACACACACAUUAUCUUGUGUGUGCUUUCAGAAAGAAAGGUUACGCAGAGAGAGGAGGACUGGCUCCCCAGCGACAGGCUCCCCUGUGAGAAGAGGAGAAUCCCCAGCCAUGUUCACCAGACGCUCAGCCUCCCCCGCCACCCCCAAGUAAUACUCACUGUCCUGCUGCUGUAUCCGUAUGGUAUGUCCUAGUUACUGUGACAGAGAAUAAUAAUGUCCUCCUGGUUGUAGGUUGCUGCCUAAGAGCCGUACGCAGUCUCCCUGCACUGUGCGCCAGUACCACUCCUCUCCCAUCAGGCACAGACCCACCACCCCGGUUACCGACGGCAACAAGAAGGAGUACGGACAAGUUGAAGAAGCCAAAGGUCACAACAACAUCAAUGACAGAAAUGUAUCCAAGCCAGAAACCCCUGUGAAAAGGAUGUCUGAUAUCCAGAGCCCUGAGAAGUAUUCUCAAGCAGACACCCCUGAAAAAAAACAUGCCAACCCUGAGACCCCAGAAAAAAGAUUCCCCAAAACUGAGACCCCCGGUAAGAACUUAAAAGGUGAGAUUUCUGAAAGAAAGGACUCUAUGACUGACACUUCUGAUAAGAAAGCCUCCAAAAUAGACACCCCAGACAAGAAGAUGCCAAAGUCCACCAGCAGUGACCUGAAUGCAGAUAAGAGCACAGGUGAAACUCUUUACCAAUCUCUUUGUGUAUGUCAAUAUUUAAGUACAUCGAUCAGUGCAUUAUCAAAAGGGCACCAGUUUCAAUGCACACUGAUGUCUGCCUUUAUCUUUGUGACAGAGCCAUCGCCAGUGACACCAACAGGGAAAGGAGUUGUCGGGACGACAAAUGCAGAGGAAGCAUCCAGACUGCUAGCGGAGCGUAGGCGCCUGGCCAGGGUGCAGAAGGAGUUGGAGGAGAAACAACGUUGUGAGCAGGAGGAGGAGGAAUGGUAAGGAGACUGUGUGGUGCCAGCGUAAAUGUCACCAUGUGUCUCUGUGCCUGUACAUGAUGCAUAGAUGGUGUGUCUGCGUGACUGUGACUGAUAGCGUAUACUGUAAGUCAUCAUGUUUGUCUGUGUCACUCAGUCUGAAGGUGGAGCAGCUGAGGAGGAGACAGGCAGAGGUGCGGGCACGGCAGGAGGAGGAGGCUCGGCGGGCUGAGGAGGAGAAGAGCAGACAGGAGGACCUUCGCAGGAGGAGAGAGGAAGUGGAGAAACAGCAGAGGGAGGUCCGGGAGAAGGGGCUACAGGUCCAGAUGGACAGAGAGGUCAGGGGUCACAGUAGGGGGGGUCACUUUAUGUAUGGUGAUGUAUGUUUCUCCAGUGUACAGUGGCUUGCGAAAGUAUUCACCCCCCCCCCCCCCCCCCCCCCCCCCCCCCCCCCCCCUUGGCAUUUUUCCUAUUUUGUUGCCUUACAACCUGGAAUAAAAAUUCAUUUUUGGGGGGUUUGUAUCAUUUGACUUACACAACAUGCCUACCACUUUGAAAAUGCAAAAUAUUUUUUUGUGUGAAACAAACAAGAAAUAAGACAAAAAAACUGAACUUGAGCGUGCAUAACUAUUCACCCUCCCAGAGUCAAUACUUUGUAGAGCCACCUUUUGCAGCAAUUACAGCUGCAAGUCUCUUUGGGUAUGUCUCUAUAAGCUUGGCACAUCUAGCCACUGGGAUUUUUGCCCAUUCUUCAAGGCAAAACUGCUCCAGCUCCUUCAAGUCAUACCACAGAUUCUCAAUUGGAUUUAGGUCUGGGCUUUGACUAGGCCAUUCCAAGACAUUUAAAUGUUUCCCCUUAAACCACUCGAGUGUUGCUUUAGCAGUAUGCUUAGGGUCAUUGUCCUGCUGGAAGGUGAACCUCCGUCCCAGUCUCAAAUCUCUGGAAGACUGAAACAGGUUUCCCUCAAGAAUUUCCCUGUAUUUAGCGCCAUCCAUCAUUCCUUCAAUUCUGACCAGUUUCCCAGUCCCUGCUGAUGAAAAACAUCCCCACAGCAUGAUGCUGCCACCACCAUGCUUCACUGUGGGGAUGGUGUUCUCGGGGUGAUGAGAGGUGUUGGGUUUGCGCCAGACAUAGCGUUUUCCUUGAUGGACAAAAAGCUCAAUUUUAGUCUCAUCUGACCAGAGUACCUUCUUCCAUAUGUUUGGGGAGUCUCCUACAUGCCUUUUGUCGAACACCAAACGUGUUUGCUUAUUUUUUUCUUUAAGCAAUGGCUUUUUUCUGGCCACUCUUCUGUAAAGCCCAGCUCUGUGGAGUGUACAGCUUAAAGUGGUCUUAUAGACAGAUACUCCAAUCUCCGCUGUGGAGUUUUGCAGCUCCUUCAGGGUUAUCUUUGGUCUCUUUGUUGCCUCUCUGAUUAAUGCCCUCCUUGCCUGGUCCGUGAGUUUUGGUGGGCGGCCCUCUCUUGGCAGGUUUGUUGUGGUGCCAUAUCUUUUCAAUCUUUUUUUUAAAUCAUGGAUUUAAUGGUGCUCCGUGGGAUUUUCAAAGUUUCAGAUAUUUUUUUAUAACCCAACCCUGAUCUGUACUUCUCCACAACUUUGUCCCUGACCUGUUUGGAGAGCUCCUUGGUCUUCAUGGUGCCGCUUGCUUGGUGGUGCCCCUUGCUUAGUGGUGUUGCAGACUCUGGGGCCUUUCAGAACAGGUGUGUGUGUUAUAUUAUAUAUAUAUAUAUAUUAUAUAUAUAUAUAUAUAUAUAUAUAUGAGAUCAUGUGACACUUAGAUUGCACACAGGUGGACUUUAUUUAACUAAUUAUGUGACUUCUGAAGGUAAUUGGUUGCACCAGAUCUUAUUUAGGGGCUUCAUAGCAAAGGGGGUGAAUACAUAUGCACGCACCACUUUUCCGUUAUUUAUUUUUUUGAAUUUUUUGAAACAAGUUUUUUUUUUUUUUUCACUUCACCAAUUUGGACUAUUUUGUGUAUGUCCAUUACAUGAAAUCCAAAUAAAAAUCCAUUUAAAUUACAGGUUGUAAUGCUACAAAAUAGGAAAAACGCCAAGGGGGAUGAAUACCUUUGCUAGGCACUGUAUGUGCAUGUUUGUGUGUAACAUUGUGUAUAUGCACAGUACAUGUCUUACAUUAUUCCAAGCAUCAAUCCUGUAUCUUUAUCAAUAAAGAAGGAGGAGGCCGAGUUUCAGGCUCAGAAGGAUGCAGAGCGUCAGCGUCAGGAGCGAGAGAUACUGAAGCUGCAAGAGGAGGAAGAAAGACAGCUGAGAAAGAAGGUUUUUAUGACUCAGAAUUCAAUUAUUAUUAUUGAAUGAAUCAGUAUAUCUGAUACCCAGUCUGCAGCACUCAGUACAUGUCAAAAUCUGUAUGUUGAUGCAUCUCCACAGAGAAUUGAGGAGAUAAUGAAGAGAACCAGGAAGAGUGAUGAGAACCAGGAAGAGAUGAAGGUACUGUAGAGAUGCCUGCCGUUCUCAUAGCUCUGCACGGCUUCAAGCAAAGAGACCUGCUGACUCCUAUAUUACCCAAGUGAUUUUGUGUGAUCUUGUCAGGUAUUGCAUACCAAUACAGGAUGCGCUUUGAGGCUUGUAUUUCUUUCCCCAAGAGCUUUUGUUUUUAUAUCUAUGUUGUGAUCAUUAUCAUGAUUAAAUUGUAUCAUUGUUGAUACAUUGGUUUAUGUGUCCUGAUUACCACAGGUCUUAAUCACACAAUAUUAUAUAUAAUUGUCCUCUAAUUUGCUGUGGAAUAAUAAAUGUUGCCUCCAUCUGUGUUCCAUAUUGAAGCAGAAGGAGGGGGCAGGUGGAGACUCAACCUGUCUCACCACCAGGUAGGUGACCCAUUCCAUUCACCCACUGAUACUCUGCCUGCCUUAUCAACCCAGCAGGAAAGACACAAUGAGUCGUGGUCAAAAGUUUUGAGAAUGACAAGUAUUGGUCUUCACAAAGUUUGCUGCUUCAGUGUUUUUAGAUAUUUUUGUCAGAUGUUACUAUGGUAUACUGAAUUAUAAUUACAAGCAUUCCAUAAGUGUCAAAGGCUUUUAUUGACAAUUACAUUAAGUUUAUGCAAAGAGUCAAUAUUUACAGUGUUGACCCUUCUUUUUCAAGACCUCUGCAAUCUGCCCCGGCAUGCUGUCUAUUAACUUCUGGGCCACAUCCUGACUGAUGGCAGCCCAUUCUUGCAUAAUCAAUGCUUGGAGUUUGUCAGAAUUUGUGUGUUUUUGUUUGUCCACCCGCCUCUUGAGGAUUGACCACAAGUUCUCAAUGGGAUUAAGGUCUGGGGAGUUUCCUGGCCAUGGACCCAAAAUGUUUUGUUCCCAGAGCCACUUAGUUAUCACUUUUGCCUUAUGGCAAGGUGCUCCAUCAUGCUGGAAAAGGCAUUGUUUGUCACCAAACUGUUCUUGAAUGGUUGGGAGAAGUUGCUCUCGGAGGAUGUUGGUACCAUUCUUUAUUCAUGGCUGUGUUCUUAGGCAAAAUUGUGAGGGAGCCCACUUCCUUGGCUGAGAAGCAACUCCACACAUGAAUGGUCUCAGGAUGCUUUACUGCAUGACACAGGACUGAUGGUAGCGCUCACCUUAUCUUCUCCGGACAAGCUUUUUUCCGGAUGCCCCAAACAAUCGGAAAGGGGAUUCAUCAGAGAAAAUGACUUUACCCCAGUCCUCAGCAGUCCAAUCCCUGUAUCUUUUGCAGAAUAUCAGACUGUCCCUGAUGUUUUUCUUGGAGAGAAGUGGCUUCUUGCUGCCCUUCUUGACACCAGGCCAUCCUCCAAAAGUAUUCGCCUCACUGUGCGUGCAGAUGCACGCACACCUGCCUGCUGCCAUUCCUGAGCAAGCUCUGCACUGGUGGUGCCCCGAUCCCGCAGCUGAAUCAACUUUAGGAGACGGUCCUGGCGCUUGCUGGACAUUCUUGGGUGCCCUGACGCCUUCUUCACAACAAUUGAACCUCUCUCCUUGAAGUUCUUGAUGAUCCGAUAAAUGGUUGAUUUAGGUGCAAUCUUACUAGCAGCAAUAUCCUUGCCUGUGAAGCCCUUUUUGUGCAAAGCAAUGAUGACGGCACGUGUUUCCUUGCAGGUAACCAUGGUUAACAGAGGAAGAACAAUGAUUUCAAGCACCACCUUCCUUUUAAAGCUUCCAGUCUGUUAUUCUAACUCAAUCAGCAUGACAGAGUGAUCUCCAGCCUUGUCCUCGUCAACACUCUCACCUGUGUUAACGAGAGAAUCACUGACAUGAUGGCAGCUGGUCCUUUUGUGGCAGGGCUGAAAUGCAGUGGAAAUGUUUUGGGGGGAUUAAGUUCAUUUUCAUUGCAAAUAGGGACUUUGCAAUUAAUUGCAAUUCAUCUGAUCACUAUUCUUAAGUGAGUAUAUGCAAAUUGCCAUCAUAAAAACUGAGGCAGAAGACUUUGUGAAAAUUACUAUUUGUGUCAUUCUCAACUUUUGACCACGACUGAAUAAAUGCUUACUAAAGCAUGUUGCGUAAGAGUCCCACCCAGUGGCAGCAGUGGGUAGUCUGGUGGGUGAGAGACCCCAGUACUUUUCCAUCAAUAUAGGAGACUCCUGCAUGGCUGUGAUGUAGCAGUGUUUUUCCAAUACCUGUCCUCAGGAGACGAUCAGAUUCACUCUGCAUCCUAGAUUGUGUUAAAGGCCAUCCAUUCAAGGUCUUUGGCUAUUUAUAACUAAUCUGCCCCGCCACAAUGCAGCCCUCAGCAUGUAACUUAAUCCUUAUUAUUUUUCACUAGAAAGGUUGAAAAUAUUUAGACAAUUUAAUGCAAUUAAAGAGAAGGACCUCUUUCUUUAUUUUGUUAGCUGAUGUAGAACAGAGGACAUUAGCAAAUCUGCCUGUCUACUUGAUAUUGGAAACACCUCUGGCUCACAAAGGUAGCUCAUGAAAUGUUGCCAAAGUGGUGCAUGUAGGUUAGAGAACAGGGCCAUGGACUUAACUAAUGUGACAUAUAGGUUAGAGAACAGGGCCAUGGACUUAACUAAUGUGACAUAUAGGUUAGAGAACAGGGCCAUGGACUUAACUAAUGUGACUUAUAGGUUAGAGAACAGGGCCAUGGACUUAACUAAUGUGACAUAUAGGUUAGAGAACAGGGCCAUGGACUUAACUAAUGUGACAUAUAGGAUAGAGAACAGGGCCAUGGACUUAACUAAUGUGACAUAUAGGAUAGAGAACAGGGCCAUGGACUUAACUAAUGUGACAUAUAGGUUAGAGAACAGGGCCAUGGACUUAACUAAUGUGACAUAUAGGUUAGAGAACAGGGCCAUGGACUUAACUAAUGUGACAUAUAGGUUAGAGAACAGGGCCAUGGACUUAACUAAUGUGACAUAUAGGAUAGAGAACAGGGCCAUGGACUUAACUAAUGUGACAUAUAGGUUAGAGAACAGGGCCAUGGACUUAACUAAUGUGACAUAUAGGUUAGAGAACAGGGCCAUGGACUUAACUAAUGUGACAUAUAGGUUAGAGAACAGGGCCAUGGACUUAACUAAUGUGACAAUGCUUUUGUCGCAGUAAGAUGGGUCGCUUAAAUAUUCUGACAUGAUUUUAGAGGAGGCAUGGGAUUUGUGUAUAAUUAGCAUCUCUUUAAGCCGUCCUUGGCCAGGUCAUGUGGUGCUCUUUCUCAGGGAAUAGUCCUGUGCAAUGUGAUAUUUUUGUUCUCUACAGGGGAAAUGCAGAUGAACUCAAAGAUGAACAUUGAAACUAAUGCUCAGGUGAAUGUGCAUGAAAACCCAAAGGUUAAGUCUCAGGUUAAUGGGCAGGUCGCUGCCUGUGUCAACAAGCAGGACAGUGCCCUGCUGAAGGGACAAGCCACUGAUCAGGUGACCCCACUGAAGAAUGUUCUGGAAAAGGGACAGGACUCUAAACAAGUAAAUGGACAGGGUGCAGCCCAGGCGCUCAACCAAGAGAGUGUCUUUGUGAAGGGAAAGGUCACUUCCCACGUGACCAAGCAGGAGAGUGCACAAGUGAAUGCAAAGACCACUGACCAAAUUAAUCAGCUGAAGAACACAAAGAGACCGGAUGUUCCCCAAGUGAAUGUACAGGUGAAGAAACAGGAAGGUACCCAGGUGAGCAGCCAAGCCACUACUCAGCUCAAAACCCAGGAGAGUACUCAAGUAAACGUGAAGUUGAUCAGACAAGGGGUGCAGCCCAACAAUCUGUCCCUGGCACCCCUACCAGUGGGCCACCUCCCACCUCCACUCAUCAACCUGGAGCUUCUGGAUGUGAAGAGCAACGGGGCGUGUGAUGAGGUGCAGUCCAUGGAGGUCAGGUAAGCCAUCAGAGCAAGGCCAUGUCUAUCUACAGGAACGCAUGAUGUGUAAUGGAUCGAACCAAUAAAUGCAAGAGAUACUGGUUAAUAUGAACAUUUGCAUACACAUUGCCCACCAUGCCAGCAGCCUAGCAAUAGAUGCGAUGAAGAGGUCAAUGGAAAGCAGACCGUGGGUGAUAGGACACCGGAUUGACACACAUUCAACAAAACUGAUCUAACAAAGUGGAUAUUCGUAAAAUCUGUCAUGAUUGAUGUAUUGUAACAGGCCCACAAUGUGGUUACUAAAGUCAAAUGUGGAUAUACUUUUGUUUUUGCUGCAUAACAUUUAUAAGUUGUCCCUUUUCAGGUUUAGAAGAAGUGACUGCUAAUUGAAAACUCCUGUUUGAAUAAGCUGGUAGCAUAGCUAGCAUACAGAAAUCAAUGGUGGUAGUCUGUCGUUUUUAACUGUAAUGCAGUUUAUUGGUGACGAUGACAUGAACAUGUAUUGGGGUUGACAUCCGUACAAGUAUUAUGCUCCAAUUUUUACCUCAACAUAUUGUGAAAUACACAUAUAAAUAAUAGCUGGGGGGCAAUGAGGAGGUUUGGGAUCUUUCCCCCACGGCAUCUUUCCCCCAUCUUUUCCUUGGCAUUUCCAUUGUUUUGGUCUCGUUCCAUUGACCUGUUUACCGCACCUAUGUUUUUUACUCGUAGAGUAUUAAGGAUAUUGUAUAAUCAGAAUUCCUAUUUGGACUCUUAGCUUUACCACAGCCUUUUCUCAUUCCCUGAGGAAUAUUGUUAAUGAAAAUGGCUUCGCAUUUAACAAUUUGCAUAAUAUAUUAUUCACCUAAUCCGCCCUUGAUUACCCAAGGAUAGCAUGCCCCAUAGAUGUACAGACAUGGUCAUAGUAGUAUUUGAUCGAUGGAAUAACCAUUAUGAUUUUCACAGAUGUUGCUCCCUCUCUCUUCCCCUCUCAGCCCAGUUUCCAAGGAGGAACUUAUCUCCAUCCCAGAGUUCUCCCCAGUCAAUGAGGUCCAGCACAACGGCAUGAGUAAUGCCCGAGCCCUGGAGGAUCUGCUGGACCUGACGGGCCAUGUGGCCUACCCCAAACUCUCCCCCAUGGGCAGCCUAGGAGACUGCAACAAGAACCUGAUUGAGGGGCUCUGCAGUCCCGGCGCCGAUUCCAAGCUCAUCCUCCACCCUCAAACAAGCUCAACAUCCAGUAGUCAGGUACAUAAAAAUGCAUCUGAGAAUGAGAAUAAUAUCUUACACUCACAUGCAAAAACGAUGAGCCUGUUCACACAUGCAUGCUUACACAUGUUAAAAUACACACACGUUCAAGUUGCCACAAUACCUCUCUCACCCUAUCAUCUCAAACACUCACACUACCCACUGGGCACACCACAUCAUUUCAACGUGGAUAGUUGGUCAUAUUUGGUUGAGACGUUGAUCAAUGAGAUUACAACCUAUAUUCACCCACUCAAAAAGACAGCCAAAAGUUAGUUGAAUUUCCAAUGUGUUAUCACUAUGCUUUCAACCAUCUAAAAGCACAGGAAAGUACAAAUGGGAAUACAAUGUCAGAUAUUUUGUUUAUUUAUGCAACAGAUUAAUGUGUUAUCACUGUGCUUCAUCUAAUAGCAGAACCAAAUGACCUGGAUUGCAGUUGAGAUUACAUUAAAAGUACAUGGUACAAGUGAUCAAUGCCAUUUGAGAUUCUGCGCAGAUUGUUACAGCAGUUAUGAAGAUCUCUACGGACCUGUGAUGACCUAUGCAUGCUAUAUUGAACAUGCACGCUUUAUAUGAUUACAUAAGAAUACAUGUAUAGUUACAGUAAACUCAAUGUGGCCAUGGAUGUGUUACUCGUUUAAAGGUUGAAUUUUACAUUAGUUUGUGAGAGAGCCUUAACUCUAGGCUAUUUACUGUAUUAUAAAAGUAAUAGUGAAUUGUGUUUGCUUGACAAUGCAACCAAAUAUCAACAUUCAAAGGAGAUGUAUCUAUGGAUAGUUCUGAGCCACUGGCUUAAUCCCAUUCUUUUUAUUUUUGGUUGAGUUAGAGACGUGAAUCCAACAUAGCAUUUUUUUUACUUGUAGACAAGUUAAUAGGCUAUUUAUUGUAUUUCAAAAGUGAUAUUGAAUUGUUUGGUUGUCAAUGCAACCAAAUAUCAACAUUUGAAGGAGAUGUAUCUUCUGCUUGGAUACUUCCAUCUGUGCUACUGACUUAGUCUUGCUUUAAUUCCAAUUUGUCUACAAAUUAUAGAAAAAAAACAUUCUUUAACUUUGAUUUUUGGUUUUGAUGGAGACAAAAUUGAAAUAAAGCCAGACUAAGUCAGUGGCUGAUGGAACUGUCCAAGCAGAAGAUAGAUCUCCUUAAAAGUUUAUAUUUGGUUGUGUUGUCAACCAAACACAAUUCAAUAUCACUAAAUAUCAUUACAUUUUAAAUCAACUAGAGCUUGAAACCCUAGGCCAAUUGUAUUGUCUAUUUUUAGUUGAAUUCUGGGUUGAAUUGAAACAAUAGCUUUUGAUGACUUUGUAAAUGCUAUAUAGGCCCUGGAUGGGAGACCAAAGGGUUGCUGUAGAUGGAUCAAUUCUCCAGUAGGAGGUGCUGCCCAGCCUAUAGUUUAUUUUCUGAUAGUGGCUAUAACGUUGAAGAUCUGACAUUGUUUUUAAGGUACAAAUUCAACAUUUUAUACAUGGUUUGUCUACAUUGAAAUUUGGUUACCAUGAUGACGUAAUCCUGCGGUUGACAUUUCACCCUCAAAACAACAGUUGAGGACUUUUUUCAAAUCCAAUGUAUUUUCCACAUAGAGUCCGAGUCACAAUACGUUGACAAAUUACGUUGAAACAACGUUUAUUCAACCAGUUUGUGCACAGUGGGUAGCUUCUCUCAAACACACAGAAUCUUAUGAUUACUUUUUUAUUUUCAGAACCCUGGAAUGGCAAGCCAUGAUGGAAGGAGCAGAGGGAAAUCAUCUGCGUUGUCUGAUGUUAUUGAGGAUGGAAGUCUCUGCACCUCUUGAGAUGAGAGAGAAAUCACUCUGAAUGUAGUUUUGAUCCUCCUUGUUGGUCUCCAACCUUGAAUGUCCAUUAACCUUCAACCUCCUCCUACAAUACAUCUGGCCACAUAGCCUUGGACAAUGGAACUUAAGUGACAAUAACAUUAAUAGAAUUACUAUACUUGUCAAAUAAUACCAUGACGAUAGUCAUAGAUAUCGGUGUCAUGCCAUGUAUUGCAUAUAGCAGUUGUUAGUGUGGUGUCUGAAACGUGGGUGGAUGUGUGUAUGUCUCAAUGAAAGAAAGUGCCCAUGAAGCAAUUUACUCUUGACUACCUGUUAUGAUCUAAAGCAGUUAGCUAAGCUAGUUAAAUCUCAUUUGAAAACAAAAGCAUUUAUUCUGUAGUUGGGUAGAAGCACAGACUGGUGAUAACCUCUCCUCUCCUUAAAUAUUUAUUUUAUCGUGAAAGACCCGGCAUAUACAGAUGUAGAAUAUCAUUUCAGUAAGUUGCCUUUGCUAUUGCCGUGUUGUUCCUCUAAUGAUUGAAAGUUUCAUAUUGCUCUGAAUCCACCUAAUGUAGUUUAGUAUGCACUGAUCAUUCAAUUAGAUUGUUCCACUGAAAAGUCUACAGUUUUCAAUUCUGGCUGUGGAUGCCUUAGGCUAGCUCGUAUCUCCCUGGACAUGAUUAACUCCCAAGAGACUCAAGCUUGUCACAAUGUAUGUAUCCAACCUGCUGUGUGAUUGGGAUUGUAGCAUGUGUGCCAUAAUACUUCAACCCAGCUCAAAUAGUACUGCAACUCAAAAGUCAACAUAAAGAAUCUGUACAAUAACAUUCCUCAUUAUAAUCCAGAUUGCCACCAACCCAUGCAUUGCAGGUUUUGUGGUAUCUUUUCUUCCUUGAUCUACAAAGUACUGAGCUGUGCCUGAGCACUCAAAAGUCUGAACCCUCUGAGCUGGUAUAA